UCUCGUUUGUCACUCGUAAUCCACCGAGUCUUUGGCUGGUUUGUUAAGGCGGCAAAUAGAGUUUUGGAGUUGACUCUGGCCUGUACAGGUCGCCUGGUGCAGACAGGCUGCUGAAAAACCUCAGAGUGGACAGAAAUUGCAGGCCUAUACCCCGCCUCUCACCCAGUGUCACCUGGGAUCGGCUCCAACCCCCUGCUGCAGGUAAAGCCCACCACAGGGCUGAACAAUGGGUUUGCAUCGCCUACCUGUGGGCUUAACUAAAGAGAACAGGAGAGCGUUUUAAGAAUGGGAAGAGCAUACCCCUUUAAACAAGGAUUGUGUCGCGUUGUUUGAUGGCAACUGGCAAGACAUCUGGUGAAAAGCGCAUCCUUCGUCGUGCAUGACCUUUCCCUCGUCUCCAUAUGACGGUCCGUCGGCACGUCCCUCACAUGUCACGCUAAGGUGACUUUCAAGCAGUUUUUCCACUUUUGCGCACAAUGUCGGAACGGCACAAAGAUGUACACUGGGGACGCAGUGGGCAAGUGGACCGCCCCGGCUGUGCGUGAGAACAUAUGCAAACUGUCAGGUUGCACUCCUCCAUGCGUAAAAGGCUCUACAGUUUGCCACAGCACAUUGGACAGAAAGCAUCCAUAAUGGGCGAAGGAGAAGACGCAGACAAGGACACCCGGAGGAAGAGUAUUAGGAUGAAGCCUCUCCCGUCACCGUCGUCGACCUCUGGGGGAAGCUGCAAAGGCAUCGGGGAGACCAAAAGUGGGGAGUCUGUGAUCAUGGAGACGGACAUAGGGAGACCGAUGAAGACCAGCUCAAAUGGAGAUUGUCGGAGAUUUCGAGGCAGCCUGUCGUCCAUCACAAGUCGGCAUGUGCACGACUCUGACUCGGCGGAGGAGAGGCGCCUCAUCACCGAGGGGGAUCUCACCCCGAGCGAGGAGAGCCCCCCCGGAGCCAUCGGUGACGGCCCGCCGGAUCAAGGCGCGCAAGGAGCCAGCGGUGGCGGAGGGAGCCAAAAAGAUUCCCCAGACCAGCAGUCAGGGUUUAUAAAGUUGGACGGCAUUGAUCAAAUUCUGCCGGACGACGAGAGAUUAUAUCAAGCUGGGUUCAUACACAGACAGUUUGGAGCGAUGCUUCAACCAGGGGUCAACAAGUUCUCCCUGAGGAUGUUUGGAAGUGAGAAGGCAGUUGAACGGGAACAAGAGCGGGUUAAAUCCGCCGGAUUUUGGAUAAUUCACCCGUACAGUGAUUUCAGGUUUUACUGGGACUUGACUAUGCUGCUGCUGAUGGUGGGCAACCUCAUCAUCAUCCCUGUGGGCAUCACGUUCUUCAAGGACGAGCAUACGCCCCCCUGGAUCGUGUUCAACGUAGUCUCCGACACAUUCUUUCUCAUGGACCUGGUCCUCAAUUUCAGGACUGGUAUCGUCAAGGAGGACAACACAGAGAUCAUCCUGGAUCCACAACAGAUCAAGAUCAAGUACUUGCGAAGUUGGUUUGUGGUGGACUUCAUCUCCUCCAUUCCCGUGGACUACAUCUUCCUCAUUGUAGAGACGCGCAUCGACUCAGAUUUCUACAAGACGGCACGCGCCUUGCGGAUUGUCCGCUUCACAAAGAUCCUCAGCUUGCUGCGACUCCUGCGCCUCUCUAGACUCAUUCGCUACAUACACCAAUGGGAAGAGAUCUUCCACAUGACCUAUGACCUGGCCAGCGCCAUGGUGAGGAUAGUCAACCUGAUUGGCAUGAUGCUGCUGCUGUGUCAUUGGGACGGCUGCCUACAGUUUCUGGUGCCCAUGCUGCAGGACUUCCCCGCCGACUGCUGGGUGUCCAAAAAUAAGAUGGUGAACGACACAUGGGGACAGCAAUACUCCUACGCACUUUUCAAAGCUAUGAGCCACAUGCUGUGUAUUGGGUAUGGCAUGUACCCCCCCGUGGGCAUGACAGACGUGUGGCUGACCAUCCUCAGCAUGAUUGUGGGCGCUACCUGCUACGCCAUGUUCGUGGGCCACGCCACCGCACUAAUUCAAUCUCUGGACUCUUCUCGACGGCAGUACCAGGAGAAGUACAAACAGGUUGAGCAGUACAUGUCCUUCCACAAGCUGCCAGCAGAUAUGAGGCAGAGAAUCCACGACUACUACGAGCACCGUUACCAGGGCAAGAUGUUCGAUGAGGAGAGCAUCCUAGGAGAGCUGAACGAGCCACUCCGAGAGGAAAUCAUCAAUUUUAACUGUCGAAAGCUGGUGGCAUCCAUGCCUUUGUUUGCCAACGCCGACCCCAACUUUGUCACAUCAAUGCUCACAAAGCUGAGGUUUGAAGUGUUCCAGCCUGGGGAUUAUAUCAUCAGAGAGGGCACCAUAGGCAAAAAAAUGUACUUCAUUCAGCAUGGGGUUGUCAGCGUACUCACCAAAGGCAAUAAAGAGACGAAGCUUUCAGAUGGCUCCUACUUCGGAGAGAUUUGUUUGCUGACGCGGGGCAGAAGGACAGCCAGUGUCCGAGCAGACACGUAUUGUCGUCUGUACUCGCUGUCUGUGGACAAUUUCAAUGAAGUGCUGGAAGAGUAUCCCAUGAUGAGACGAGCCUUUGAGACUGUUGCCCUGGACAGGCUGGACCGUAUUGGCAAGAAAAACUCAAUUCUUCAACACAAGGUACAACACGACCUCAGCUCUGGUGUACUCAACUACCAGGAAAAUGAGAUUAUCCAGCAGAUUGUGCAGCAUGACAGGGACAUGGCCCACUGUGCCCACCUCAUGCAGAAUGUCCCACCCCAGACACCACCCUCACCUACUCCUGUCAUCUGGGCCCCCCUCAUCCAAGCCCCUCUCCAGGCAGCAGCGGCCACCACCUCAGUAGCCAUUGCCCUGACACAUCAUCCCCAUCUUCCACCAACUCUCUUCAGGCCUCCGGUUUCUGUUCUGGGGUCCCUAAAGGAUCCUACCAGUCGGCUUAAGAAGUUCCACACAUUUGUUCCUCCAUCCACAGCACCAGGCUCUACUGGGGACUCUCCUUCUAGCACACCCUCUAAACUGUGCACUGGAGCGGACAUGCCAUUGCUUGCCUCCUUUCGAGCCCACCACAUGAUGUCAGGUACAGGGGUAGCCGGGUCUAGCAAACAGACCUCAGGUAGUGAAGAACAGCAUGGACCUAGUGGAGCUGGGACUGGGUCUAGUGGAGGAGGGGCCUCUGCUUUCCCCUUUGGACUAUUCUCUUCCUCUGGUUCACCCUCAUCUAGCAUGGCCCAGUUACACCCACAACCACAGCAUCAACAGUCCUUUCGUUCCAGCACCCCACCUCUCUCAAACCUCUUUCACCAAGGAUCUACAGGUGGAAGCACAGGGUCAGGAAUAAGUGGAGGGGCAGUUGGAGCCUGUGGUGGUGCUACAGGAUGGUCUUCAGGUGGAGCAGUUGGAGGGUCUGUAGAAGGAGCCACUGGAGGAGAUACUGCUUGGGCUGGAGAAGACUUUACAACGGGAAUGACAGAAACAACUCCUGGGGGACACUUUGGGCUGGGAGGAGCUACUGGCAGAUCAGUAUGUGAGAUCUCAGGGGAAUCAAUGGGAGGGAUAUCUGAAACAUCAAUGGGUGCUGCUUGUGGCAGGUUAGCAGGUGGGGCAUCAGGUUCAUCAGUGGGGAGCAUUACCUGUGGGCCAAUAGGGGAUGUAGCCAGAAGAUCAAUUAGAGGGACUUCGAGAGGAUCAGUGGGAAGAUCAUCUAGGGAAUCAGUGGGAGGGGCUUCUGGAGACUCACUGGUAGUGACAACCACUGGAGGAUCAUUAGGGAGGGCUUCUGCUGGCUCGGUGGCAGUGGUUUCUAGGGGAUUGACAGCAGGGGCCUCAGGGGAUUCACUUGGAGGGGUUUCUGGUGAUUCAAUGAUACUGAAUCCUGGAGGAUCACUGGGAAGGGCUUCUGUUGGAUCAACAACUAGCCAUAAUAGCGAAGGUUCAAGUGGACCAGGGGGUGGGGUGAUUGGAGGACAUGUUGGCAGAGCAACAGCUGGAGCAGUAGGGAGCCAUAUAGGAGGGUCUAUAGCUUGUCCUGUAGGUGGGACUUCUGGUGGAAUUACCACUGGACUUAUUAGUUCCUCCUGUUGUCAGAGUCCUAUAUCCACAGGCUCGUCCAGCAAUAUGCCUGGCCAGCUUCUCCAUUGUCAGCCACCUCCCAAGCCUCCUCAGGUGGCUCCUUUGCAGCAGUUUGCUGGGGGAGGCAGGACUACCAGUGGCUUAAACCUCUUUCAUUCCCCUCCACAAGGUUCCCCAUCCUCUUGUAGAGGACAGCACAGCCAGCAGCCAGCUGAGGGCUCCCCAUCUGCCCUUAGUCAGUUUAGCCUGGCAGGCCUCCAGUCUGGAUUCCUGCCUCACCAGAUGUCCCUGGAGAGGUCUGCCUUGGCUUCCCUGGCACAGUAUGGUUCAGCAAACGCCUCCCCAUGCCUUACUCCAGUUGCCCCCAGCCCCACUAUUCAAAGCCCAGUGGCAGGCAGGACUUUCCACUACAGCGACCCUUCCAGUGCCACAGGAUCCCACAAUUCUCUGCUCAUGCUUCAGUCUUCUCUCCCUUCACAGCUUCCAAGCCAACCACACCCAACAGGGAGAGAUUCUCCACUGGGCCGCUUUUCCGAGGACCUAAAGCUUUUAUCCAGCUCACACCCAUCUCUGCCCCAAGAGGUGGCUCAGGCCUUGGGCCACCAUACUACUCGCUCUUCUGUGGAAACCAGAUCUUACCCUUCACCCUUUUCCUCACCCACGCUUGUGCCCAAACCCUGUAGCUCAGUGCCAGGGCGCAUGACUCCUCCAGUCCAGAUGUCUCCAGGGCACCCUCACCAGACUCAGUCCCCUGGGGCCUCGCCGGCCUUGCCUCUACGGAGGGGUUCUGCUGCCUACUCAUCAGAUCUAGAACCUCAAACUGUCCGCUCUAAACUCCCUUCCAAUUUGUGAGGAUUGAUCACACCCUCCUGUGCUCCUCAAAACUGAAACACACACAAACUAUGUUCAUGUGUGGCAUUCUUUUCUUUCUGUCUUCAGACUUCACUGUGUUCCAACUGUCAUUUUACCAGGAUCUUAAAUUUACUGUGAUUUAAAAGAGACUUGACCAGGUAACUCUGAGCUCUAGGAUUCUCUGUAUUUGUUUUAUGCAUUGUCCUCUUUUUUUAUUCAUGCAUACUGUAUAUAGAUAGAGAUAUAUUGAAAUAAGUUAAUCAAGGACUAGGAGGGUGUGAAAAAUGAUCUCCAUUUAAAGGACAGUCAUUUUGUUAAUCUCUAAAACUAUGCCAAAUUCAUCUGGUGUUGUUUAGGAAGAAAAUUCAACAGACUACACAAUAAUACUCUUUUUCAGCAGGAACCUAUGCACUAACACCUGCAUGUAUAAAGGCUUUUUGUGUGUUUCAGAAAAUAUCUACAUUUUUAGCUAAAACGACAUGCUUCGAGGCAGGCUGACUCUUGUAGCAUCUCGUUCAGGAUCACAUAUUGUUGAUCCUAAAGUGUAUCUAUUAGAUUGUACUUAUUUAUCCUCUGUAUAAACUUUUCAAAACCUUAUGAGAGAUGGAGAAGAGAUUUUAGGAAACCAAAAAAACUUUUCCCUUGGGGUAAUAAUUCACCUCUUGUCAAUCCUUAUUUUAUACCACUUUGUCCUAAUAAUACUUUUGAAGCAGGGGGAGAGGGGUUCAGCGAGCUACCCUCCAUCUCAAUAUUGAGACCUGAUAGUAUGUGAGUGACUGGCUUUUUGCAGAGUCCUCAACCAUGUCCUAACAAGCUCACUUUGUCUUCCAAGCCCAUGCCGCUAUUGCAUAGAAAGCAUGUGUCGUUUUUCUUCCUGACUGUGUGCAACUGUUAAUGUUUGAGUGUUAAUAAGAAUAAGCAUGUGAUUCAGUGGAACAGUCAGAUGCAAGGCAAGACUUUUCCGUGGAUCCGUGAUCGGUAUGUUUGCCUUUUUUACAUAAAAACUAGGACUUCCAUUAACCACAGCUUGUUUGUUGCAUUGUGUAGCACUCAGACCUUUGAAAAUCAAAAUUGUCAAAUACACAAUAGUCCCUAAACUAGACUCUCUCAUCCCAUCGAGUAAGUACAGUGCAUAGAGUGCACAUUCUGUAAUAUCUGAAAUCUGUGCUGGGAAUGAAAAUUUGCCACUUGAUAUGUGCAUUACUUCUUCUGGUGUAGCUGCUAUAUGGUCAACUUUAACAUGUUUUCUCAUUGAAGGCCAGUGAGUUUGAGAUGUUUAUUGUAUGUACAUCUGUUGUUGCUUACAGUCAGUACUAUUGCUGGGUAGAUGCACUGAAGGCACAGUGCCCCAGAACAGACUGUUCCAUAACUUAAAAGGUCAGUGGUUCAAUAUCUUUAACAGACAUUAUCAUCAGCAGCCAUUUUUCCUGCCAAAGUGUCCUUUUGGAAGACACAGAACCAGUACUGACUAAAUUAUUGUAAGACUGUGUGGAUGACUCAGUAAGUUGCCUAAAACAGCUCAACUCUUUACUACGCAUCGUCCAUAAAGCAUUUCUGUACUGUUGUGCUGCUUCUGUAACUCAGAAAUUUCUUACCAUUAGAACAUGAAAGCAUAGGAAAGACUUUACAAUGGCAGAGUGAACAUGUUUAAAUGUACCACAUAUUAUCCAAAAAUCUGCAGGUGUUUCUAAAUUCAUAAAAUAUACAGUACAUUCAUGGAGCUAGUGUAGAUUUAGCUGUUUUUGCUGUUCAAAAUCAAAGAUGGGAAUACAGAGCUUUACAUGGGUCAAGAAACUGAAUACACAGUAGAGAAAGGUAUCAUCAAACCCCCAAAGGAGAGGGACAGUGAUAUGCUUCUACAUGACUAUCCAUAGCUCAUCACCAAAACAGACCCGGGUUCCCCUCAGACAGCUGAGUCCCUAACUCAGUCACAGCACUCAGCCACGGCAGCCUAAUUUAACAAGACAUGUCUGUAAUCCCUUGACCCAUGCCGGCUAUCACACACAGAGGUGCACAGUGACCAUGCUCUCCCCUCAUUACAGUUCCCAGAUGUCCCCAUAAUAAGGUAUAGCAAUACACAUGACAUGACACACAGCUGCACAGAUGCACAUUUACAGACAUGCACACACCAUCCACAGUAUUUUAUGUGGUUCAAAUUAUCCUCAACUGAAUUUGCUGUAAGCAAAUCUGUUACUAAUUGAUUUUCCAGUAGCUGAGCUGAAUAUGCUUAGCUCAGCUACAGCCAGUAGUUCUUAGGAAUUUAUUGGAAUUUAAUGUUUUGUGUUUACGUUUCUUUUUCCCCCUUUUUUUAAAGACAUGAACACAUGCACUGGGCUUGGGUAAUUAAUGUAAUAUUUUAUUUUUUUAUUAUUAUGUUGUCCAUUAAAAUUAUUUUGUUCAUUAAAAAAAAUCAGUCUUUGAUCACAAGCAACUUGCACUAUGUAGAAAUGGUUUCACUUGUACAUCACUGGGUCCAUUAAUACCAUCAGAAGAUACUUGGGUAUCAUUAAAUAACAGCAUAAUGAAAAUAAAGGAACUCUCUGUACUGGUACUGUAUUAUAAGGAACACAACUGAAGAUGUGUCAGGCCCCAGUCAUACAGACACUCGUCUCUACAGGCGUGGCUGAUUCAAAAAUACCUUGGAAAUGCAUGUCGGGCAAAACAGCGUAGUGUACUUGUGCAGUGGGGUUGCUCGAGAAUUGGACAAGGCAGACGGGAAGGGAACACAGAAAGAACUCAAUUAGUUGGCUUAUCAUUACAGUAUGACUCUUGAAUUAAAUACCAUAGGUGAAUCAAUAAUAGAUCAAAACUUGUAUUGGACCUUAUAAUCUCUGCGACACAUCAAGUAAACACAACUGUUUCACCUCUGGAAUACUCAUUGUCUACACACAGUGUGGGCAUUUAGACCUUGGUCUUCCUGUACCUGCAAGCCUUGCACUGCACAAAAGCAGAAUGCUGUGCCUCGCACAUCAGGACAAAAUUCCCCUUUUUCCCCUCACAACAUAACCUUAUGAAGGUGAGGAGUUGGAGAACAGUUUGAUGCCAGUCAGCAAGACAAGUAAGUGUAGAUGUGAGAAAACAUUGAUGGACUGACAGAAUGAUAUAGUCAGACUUUGAGCCACGGGGGUAGGCAGGUAGACAGGCCCCCUAUGGGGUGCUCAAACUGAUGGGGUAAUUGUUUCUCGGGGACUUGUAUGCUACAAGCCUCUGUCUACAUGGUUGUUCCUGAGUGCUAGUGGAUGUUUGUCAGUGUGGUAUCGAUUGGAAGGAUAUGAGGGAAAGUUAUGAGUGUAGCUAUGUAGCUUGAAGCUAGUAUUUAUGUGUUUAUGUUACUCUGUUUCCCUUGCUGCCUGGCAAGGUCACUGACUGGG